AUGCAACACCAAGUGGUAAUAAUAGUAUUUUUGCUGGCAUAUGCCUUCUCCCUGCAAGUUCCCCCAAAACCCAAGCCAGGAUCCAGCAAGGAGCCGUUGAAGGACUCUAAAAACAAAACUGAGAUAUUUAGUGCAAAUGCCACACUAAUCCCAAUUGUGACAGUGGCGCCGGAAAAGCUGGCAGAAGUACAUAUCGAUCAGCACAAAACAAUUCGAAUUAGCAAAGGGGAUCUGGAUGAUAUCCUGGACGUGUACAUGGAGAAAAUAGCAGAGAGUGCGGCCACCAUCAAGGACAAGGAUAUUGAGAUCAAUAAACUGCAAACCAUAAACCCAACCAGUGAUGAUCUUCAGGUUCGGCUUGACAAUCUCACCCAGACUUGUACAGCCCAAAAUGCCACCCAGGCCACUGCCAUCAAGGAGAAGGACGAGAAGAUCAAGGAACUGGAGACCAAAGUGAAAGUGUAUGAGACCAGGCUGAAGAGGAAACAGCAUCUAUUGACGGAGCUAAAAAAACAAAACACUUCCAGCACGGCAUUAAUUAAUCAUUUCCGGGUCAAAGCCGCGUACUUUGAAAAGAAAUUCCGGGAGAAGAAGGACGACCUACUGGCGGAUUGGGAGGCGGCCACCACGACCUGCAUGCCCUUUGGUAAAUCAUCCGGAAUACAUUUGCUCCACCUCCCUGGAUUCCUGCCCUUUUUAGUGGCCUGUGAAGGCCUGACCACCGCUGGAGCCGGUUGGUUGGCUAUUCAGCGACGGACUGAUGGUUCUGUGAACUUUUACCGGAACUGGGACUCAUACAGUAAGGGCUUUGGGAAACUUAAUGGAGAGUUCUUCAUCGGAUUGGAGAAACUGCAUCAAAUAACCAAAUCCCAGCCGCAUGAGCUGUAUAUUAGCUUUAGGAGGUUCAACGGCGAGUGGAGCUAUGCCCACUACGAUGACUUCCUUAUCGGCAGUGAGGAGGAAGGCUACGAGCUGAAGCUUCUGGGUCACUAUCAAGGCAAUGCCAGUGACGCACUGCGCACCCACGACAAGAUGAAGUUCUCGACCUUCGACCGGGACAACGAUGAGUUCACCCAUAUGAAUUGUGCCGAGUAUCAUCAUGGAGCAUGGUGCAACUUAAAUGGCAAGUACUUUAACAAUGAGGUGGACAAUGUCCAAGGGAUAUACUGGGAGCCCUGGUAUAGUUUCCGUUCCCUGAAGUCCGUACAGAUGCUGAUUCGUCCCAAGAGCCAAAAGGAGUUGAAAGAUUUGCCAAAAACUAAAAUAAACCUACGACACUUAUAG